ACGCUAAAAUCGUCUACAAGGACGACGUCUACAUUGAAAUUAACAUUACGAUUACCUUUUCUGCCUACUAUCUAUGCGAUUUGCUUCGUGUUUAUUUCGGUAAAUAGAUAAUAGGCAGAAUAUCGCUCGUCAGGUUUAAGUAGAUCGAAUCGAGUUCUAAGCUCGUGCUUAUAUACCAAAUAUGUUGGACUUCGACUAGUCGUGCAAUGCUCCGUCGCUCGGUGAUCGAAUAAAAACAAAUCUAUCUCAUACUCAAGAUUUUUACCGCUCUUUAAAUUAUUCUGAAAAACAGACGCCAAAGGGAACAGAUCAGAAAUCAAGGAUCAAAAAUAUUAUAGUAGUAGAGAGAGAGAGAGAGAGAGAGAGAGAGGAGAUUUGACGAUGGAUUUCUUGAUAUGCACGACAGCGCUGAUAAUAUUCCUCAGUCUCUUCUACGUGUACGCGAAGUACAGGCUGUCCUAUUGGAGUAGACGUGGAGUGAAAAGUCCUCCGACGCAUCUGCUCUUUGGCAAUUUCAAGGACUGCUUCAUCUUUAAGAAGCCGCCGAGUGAGAUAUUGCGCGAAAUUUACAACAGUGCUAAUCCGGAUGAUCCCUACAUCGGCUUCUAUAUCUUCCACAAACCUAUACUGCUCCUGAGGGACCACGAUGUGAUCAAACAAAUAAUGAACAAGGACUUCGAUGUCUUUCCAAACCGCCGAUUCGGUUCGGGUCUCGAGAGAGACUCGGUGAACCUGGAUAGUAUCCUCUCCAUAAAGCAGCCCAGAUGGAAAUACUUAAGAAACAAAUUAACACCGAUCUUGACGGGACAAAAGCUGAAGAAUAUGUUACCACUGAUGGUGGAGUGCGGAAAGCCUAUGAUAGAUUUUAUCGAAAAAUCGCCAAUAAACGAAACUGGCCAGAAUAAAUGUGAAGUAAAGGACAUCAGUAGUCGUUAUAGCACUGACGUUAUAGCUUCUCUUGCGUUCGGCAUUGCUAUAAAUUCAUUCGACGAAAAAGAGACAGACUUCUGGAAUAAUGGCAUGAAGAUCUUCAAGGGCUUCAAGCGCAGUAUUGUAUUCAUUAUUCUCUUCUUUAUUCCCGAAUGGGAUUUCUUAAUUGGGCCGUUCAUUAGAGAACCCGCGAAUUAUUUUCGUCAGGUUUUCUGGGACUCUAUGAACACCAGAGAAAGAUUGGCAUUCAAAAGAGGAGAUAUGAUAGAUUAUAUGUUGGCACUUAAGAAUGGAGAACAGGAUCCUAUUUACACAUUUGAAGGUGAUCGUUUAUUAGCACAUCCAACCAGUUUUUAUAUCGCUGGACUUGAAGCAACUGCGACCGCAAUUGCUUUUGUUUUAUAUGAUUUAGCGUGUUACCCAGAACAUCAAACCACUUUAUACAAUGAAAUACAGACAUACCUAUCCGGAAAAGAAUUGACCAUGGAUUUAAUAAAUGAGAUGUCUUUUUUGGACAGCGUUGUAGUCGAAUCGUUGAGAUUACAUCCACCUCUACCUGUCACUGACAGAAUAGCCUUGAGAGAUUACAAGUUGCCAAAUACCGAAUUGAUAAUUGAGAAGGACAUUCCAGUGUAUAUUUCUGUAAAUGCGUCCAAUCAAGAUCCUAAAUAUUUUUCUCAUCCGCAAGACUUUGAUCCAAGAAGAAUAAAAACGGGAGACAAAAAAUUUUACGAAUCAUUGGCAUUUGGUAUCGGACCUCGAUCAUGUAUUGGGCAGAGAUUUGCUCUAAUAAUUAUAAAAGUGGCCUUGAUUAUGAUUCUCUCAAAUUAUAUUAUGUCUUACGAAACUAAAACUACUUUAAAUAACAAUCAAGCUAUUCAUGUGUUCACAUAUGCGGCUGAUGGUCUGCAUGUAUUAUUUAAAAAACGUAAUUAAUAUUCACUCGUCAUUUUGUUUUUUAAGUAAUAUAUUUUGUAUGCAGUAUAUACUGCAAAAAUAAGUAAACUAUAAAUUUAAUACAUUAUAUGUCUCUCAAUUUUAUUAUCUGUUUUAUUAUCUAUUUAAAUCUCAAUAAGAGUUUAAGGAAAUGAGGCAGAAUGAUAAAAUAAAAAGAAUACAAAACAUUACUACAAGAUUGUAUAUUUACAAACGUAACAGAAUAUGAAUAUAUCUCUUUAAAUAUUAUUAUAUAA